AUGUACAAUAAUUGGAACCAGACGCACCCAGUUGUUAAGCCACUCGCUAGUGCUCCCGUUGUAACCCCCACCCAGUCGCCUAUGAAUUCCGCCCGGAACUUGUCGCUACCUCCGGUUAGGCCUGUUCAGCCGAAUUCUUCACCUUCUUCACCUCCGAGGUCAACGCCGCCACGAUCGCGUAGAACUUCCCGAUCAUCAAGCACUGUGAGUGCGAGUCCAGCGGGUAACACUCGCCCCAAGCCUAACCAGCGCCUCCGGCUCGCCCAACUGGAAGAUGUCUCGUACCCUGUUCGAUUUCCUUAUCAUUCAGUACCCCCCUACAUGCGCACUGACCCAUUGCAAUAUGUCCCACAACCCGAUGACAUUCAGAGCCGUAAAUACGCCACCUCCGUCGACGAGCGUAACUACUUGACUGUUUUCGAGUAUCAGGUCAACGGGCAAUCAGUUAUCUGGGACUAUUACACUGGAUACGUUCAUCUCACAGGAAUCUGGAAAGCCAUUGGCAAUUCCAAAGCAGAUAUUGCCAAGUUGCUCGAUAUUUCGCCACAGCUAGAGCCGGUCCUCCGUCGAGUGAGAGGAGGCUACUUGAAGAUCCAGGGAACGUGGCUUCCGUAUGAGGUUGCAUAUGAACUUGCUCUUCGUAUCGCGUAUCAUAUUAGAUUCUCGCUUGUUCCUCUUUUCGGCCCCAACUUCCCCGACCAAUGCUUGGUGCCUACGGACCCCCGCUUUGGACAGCUCUCUUUGAGCACCAGCUCCCCGACCCCGUCGCCAACGCCGCCAGUGCAUUCACCAGCUGUGCAUACCUCGCUCAACCAAGGAAACUCUCAGCACACCCAGUACCCUUCCAUCGUGGCCCCUGUUCGUCAACAUUCCUUACCCGGGGUUCACCAAAUAGCUGCUGGUGCCGGCGCCGCUAUUCAGCAACCUCGAAUUGACGCAAGACGAUCGUUCACCGUCACUGGAGAGUUGCCACAUCCUGUCGACUCGUUCCAGAGCGCUCGCCGGCAAAGUGAAACAGAUUUACAUCGCCGGCGCCGUCUCUCUGCAUCUCUAGGUCAGACUAUACCCCGGGGCCGGGCAUUUUCGGCACCCCACAGAUCAAAUUCGAGUCAUGCACUUCCUAGACAUACGUUGCGUGGAAAACCUGUGGAGUGGGCGGUUGGCGAGUCCAGUGAUGACGACGAGGAAGACUCACCAGGGGUGAACGCAGGGAUGCAAGGCGAACUGCAAGAGAUGCUGCGUGCUACUCGUCUUUUACAAGAACUGUCAAUGAGCCAGUGGACAAGUAAUGCUCCUCCAAUAAAUACGCACGAGAAGCCGCAUUUACCGAGCCUCCAUGCCCAGUUGAUGCAGAGACCCUUGGGCUGGGAUCGAUCGUAA